GUGAACCGCCUGCAGCUGCUUGCGGACGAUGGGACCUGUGGAGCCAUCAAAGGGAUGCGGGAGCCACGAUGCAGCUAAGCCCCUCACGUUCCCUCUGCUCUCCGUCACCCUGCUGGCCUCCUUCGGCUCCUCCAUGCUCUAUGGCUACAACCUGGCUGUGGUCAACUCGCCGGCCGUGCACAUCAAGGCUUUCUACAACAUCACCUGGACCAAGCGCUACGGGCAGGGCCUGAGCCCCGGGCUCCUCACCCUCAUGUACUCGCUGACCGUCUCCGUCUUUGCGCUGGGGGGGCUGGUGGGGUCCCUGCCCGUGGGGGUGCUGGUGACCCGAUACGGCAGGAACGGGACCCUGGUUCGGAGCACGCUGCUUGUCUUCCUGGCCAGCGCCCUCAUGGGCUUUAGCCGUGCCCUGGCCUCGCCCGAGAUGAUCAUCACCGGCCGCUUCAUCACGGGCAUCCACUCAGGCGUCUGCCUCAGUGUGGUGCCCAUGUACCUGGGAGAAAUCGCCCCCAAGAACCUGCGCGGCUUCCUGGGCCUGGUGCCCAGCAUCUUCAUCUGCCUCGGCGUCUUCUCCGCCCAGCUCCUGGGCCUGCCCGAGCUGCUGGGGGAGGACGGGCACUGGCCGCUGUUCCUGUCUGUGGUGGCCAUCCCGGCCUUCCUGCAGCUCCUGCUGCUGCGCUGGUUCCCUGAGAGCCCCCGGUACCUGCUGAUUGAGAAGAACGACAUCCGCAGUGCGACCCAGGCGCUGCGCUGGUUCCUGGGGAAGCAGGACGUGCGGGAGGUGGUAGAGGAGAUGCGGGAAGAGCAGCGGUCGCUGUCCUCAGUGCAGACGGUGUCCGUGCGGCAGCUGCUGCAGGACUGCAGCGUGCGCUGGCAGGUCCUCUCCGUCAUCGUCAUCAAUGUGGGCAUGCAGCUCUCUGGCAUCGAUGCCAUCUGGUUCUACACCAACACCAUCUUCGAGAACGCCGGCAUCCCGGCGCCCGAGAUCCCCUACACCACCGUGGCCACCGGCGCCAUCGAGGUCAUCGCUGGCCUCAUUGGAUGCUUCACCAUCGAGCGCCUGGGCCGUCGGCCCCUCAUCAUCGUCGGCUUCUGCUUCAUGGGCAUCUGCUCCCUGGGCAUCACCAUCUCCCUGGUGCUCCAGACUGCCGUACCCUGGAUGCGCUAUGUCAGCGUGGCCUGCGUCAUUGGCAUCAUCGCCGGCUUUUGCAUUGGACCCGCUGGCGUCCCCUUCCUGAUGACUGCGGAGCUCUUCAAGCAGUCACACCGGCCGGCCGCCUACAUUGUGGGCGGCUCCCUCAACUGGCUCUCCAACUUCACCGUCGGCUUCGUCUUCCCCUUCCUGCAGAUGUCGGCAGGCGCCUUCUGCUACCUGGUGUUCUGCGGCGUCUGCCUGCUGGUGGCCCUCUACGUCCACGCCGUCAUCCCUGAGACAAAGAACAAGACCUUCGUGGAGAUCAGCCACAUCUUUGCCUCGCGCUGCGCCUUCCUGGCCCGCACCCCUGACCUCGUCCGCAUGAGCAAGCUCCAUGGCUACGGAGCCCUUGAAAGCAGCUCCCUCGAGGACUCGGGAUCCAGCCAGGCCUGACUUCCCUGUCAGCUACCCCAGCCAGGUGCUGCUGCUCCCACCGCUGCCUGCACCCCCAGGCCUCUUGGGGGUGGGAGGGCUGGGAAGCCCCAGGGCUCAGACCCUGUCCCACAGUCCUCCCCGGGGCACCUCCUGCCCCCACCAGCCGCCAUCUCCUUCUCCCUCUCCAGCCCCGGGCCCUGGGGAAUGGGGUCGGCUCCCUCCAGCUGCCCCAAGUCCACUGCACCUGGUGGAUCUGGGGACUCCCAGCAAGGGCCUGGGAUUGUGGGGAGGUGACUCGCUUUUCUCCAAAUUAACACCCCCAAGUGUUGGUGCUACACAGUCCUCCAGGGGUUUGUACGGAUGGCCCCAGGCCCCAGCUCACAGCAGCUCCAACCCACCAGCCCCCUGCCCCUUCCAUAGUGCAACUGCAGCAAGCCCCACCUCCAGAAGCAGUGACAUCACUCCUGAUGGCAGGUGCUGGUUGGCUAGUGCUGCUGUCAGGCCCACCUGAAAAGGGGCAGGACUUCCUGGGGUGCCAGGUGGGGGGCGGGGCUCGGGCAGGAUGGGGCAUGGUGGGUACAUCUGCACCAGGGCACAUAAUAAAGGAUGUGGCU